CCGAGGUGCCUCUGCCCCUGCAGAUCAGCCAGCUGAACGCACUCAUCACCUUGCUCAUUGGAACCCUCACUGCCGGCGACAGGAUGAAAAUCAUGACCGUCUGUACCGUUGAUGUGCACGCGCGGGACGUGGUCGCCAAGAUGAUCACAGCCAAGGUGGAGAGCUCCCAGGCCUUCACCUGGCAGUCACAGCUCCGGCAUCGCUGGGACGAGGACAGGAGACACUGCUUUGCCAACAUCUGCGACGCCCAAAUCCAGUACUCGUACGAGUACCUGGGCAACACGCCGAGGCUGGUCAUCACCCCGCUCACGGACAGAUGCUACAUAACCUUGACCCAGUCCCUUCACCUGAUCAUGGGCGGAGCCCCUGCCGGCCCCGCCGGGACGGGAAAGACCGAGACCACCAAGGAUCUGGGCAGGGCCCUGGGCACCAUGGUGUAUGUCUUCAACUGCUCUGAGCAAAUGGAUUAUAAGUCCUGCGGCAACAUCUACAAGGGCCUGGCCCAGACGGGAGCCUGGGGCUGUUUCGACGAGUUCAACCGAAUCUCGGUGGAAGUCUUGUCGGUGAUCGCCGUACAGGUAAAAUGUGUCCAAGAUGCAAUUCGGGCCAAGAAGAAAACUUUCAAUUUCCUGGGAGAGAUGAUAAGCCUCAUCCCCACCGUGGGCCUGUUCAUCACCAUGAACCCUGGCUACGCGGGACGCACCGAGUUGCCCGAGAACUUAAAAGCCUUGUUCAGGCCCUGCGCCAUGGUGGUCCCCGACUUUGAACUGAUAUGUGAGAUCAUGCUGGUGGCCGAGGGCUUUCUGGACGCCCGCCUGCUGGCCAGGAAGUUCAUCACGCUCUACACCUUGUGCAGGGAGCUCCUGUCGAAGCAGGAUCAUUACGACUGGGGCCUGCGAGCCAUCAAGUCCGUGCUGGUGGUGGCCGGCUCCCUGAAGAGGGGCGACCCCAGCCGGGCAGAGGACCAGGUGCUGAUGAGGGCGCUGAGAGACUUCAACAUCCCCAAGAUCGUGACCGACGACCUGCCUGUGUUCAUGGGGCUGAUCGGGGACCUCUUCCCUGCCCUGGACGUGCCUCGCAAACGGGACCUGAAUUUUGAAAAGAUCAUCAAGCAGAGCGUCGUCGAGCUCAAGCUGCAGGCGGAAGACAGCUUCGUGCUCAAGGUCGUACAGCUCGAGGAGCUCCUCCAAGUGCGGCACUCGGUGUUCGUCAUCGGGAACGCGGGCAGCGGCAAAUCCCAGGUCCUCAAGUCUCUCCACAAGACCUACCAGAACAUGAAGAGGAAGCCGAUCGCUGUGGACCUGGACCCCAAGGCAGUCACCUGUGACGAGCUCUUUGGGGUCAUCAACCCGGCCACCAGGGAGUGGAAAGACGGUAGGAGGAGCCGGGUCCGGGCAGGCGGAGUGGAGGCGGGUCACCAGCAGGCGUCCCAGGGGCACCCCGGCCCUGCUCACCCACCCCGGCCCUGCUCACCCACCCCGGCAGUCACCUGUGACGAGCUCUUUGGGAUCAUCAACCCGGCCACCAGGGAGUGGAAAGACG